GUAAUACCUGAACGUCGGGUAGUGAGCUAUAGUGACGUGAAAGUGGCCGACUGGAAGCGGAAUGCGGAGUGCUGGGCGCUGCGGUGUGUACUUACAUUGACCCAUGGUACUAAGUAAUUGGAGUACCAUGUUUAUCUGUUGAUUGUAUCAGGAGAUGCUGAAAUGUUAAUGAGAAUAAAGGAAUUCAAAAAUGAAAACGCGCGGCUGUUAGGCCGCGGUCGAUUAUUUUAAAAGAAUAUGCAACGAUGGUUAUUGGCCCUAGAUGAACCUGCAUCUAAUCCAUGCGGUAACACCGUCAUCAGCCACGAACCAUCGAGGUGAUGCCGGAACGCGGGAAGUUUUGUUCCAGUGCCGCAAUCGCAUUGGCAGUUUCAGGUGGGAAUCAAACUAGUUCUGACAGUGAAACUACCAAAUUGUCUUUGUAUGCGCCAAAUGAGAGAUUCACUUGCAAUUCUGACAAUCUGUACGCAGUACCACGAAUCGAUUUACAUGAGAUAGAAUGGAUAGAAGCUGACUCGUUAGAGGCUGAUGUUUCAAGAUUUGUGGCCGGUUCGUCAACAGUAACAACGACCACAACGCGAAAUAAUCUAAGAAAAUGCUAUCGAACUUCGACCAGUUCCGGUUACUCCAGUCAUUCCCCGCCACUAUCAGCUGGUUCAUAUUCUUGUUAUACAUCAGCAGUCUCAGGUCAGAAUUUUUUUCGAGGAGUACCUUUAACAAUGAAGGAUCAGUUCAGUGGAGGUCUUGCUGUAAUUCACGAGAGUGAGUCAAUUCCACGUCCUAUUUGGCCGACUACGUUUUCCAAUCCACGCGAAUUUUAUCAGAGCGAUGAAAAUCCUGAAUAUGAUACUUUGUAUACAUGUUGCGGAUGCAGUUGUGCAUACACUUAUUCAUAUUGCGAUUGGGAUUAUGAAAAGUCUGCAAGUAUAUCAGCACACGAUGUCCUCCUUGAAUUAUCUCAAACACUGAAUUCUGUGAUAGAAGGCAAAAAUGCUAUGACACCAGAAGAGAUUUUACACAAUAUCUCGUAUAAGGUUGCUCAAGGAAUUGAUUUAGAAGGGGGACUUUACGAAUAUGUUUACCAUAAUUCCUCUUUUUUUCCAAGCAAACGAUCAUUUUUAAAUGAUAAGAAUUCGUAUCUAUCAAGUAGCAAUAAAAAUUCUUCGACAAAAAUUAAUCCAGUUAACUCAAAACUUUACAAUAAUACACGACAAUUUUAUUUGCACAAUCCAUGGUACACUUGCGUAUGCACUUGUAAACAUACUCAUAGAUUUUUAUCAUCUUUUGAAAAUGAUGAACAAACCAAGAUGAACGAUGAAUCAGAAAAAAAAGAAAAUCCUGUUAUGCUUUUGAUGGAUAAUCACUGUCAAAGAAUAAAUUCAGAAUUAAUGUUGCAGAACAAUAAAAAUAUUUUUGAAUCGCAUGUUUGUAAAUGCUUAAAUCGUUCAAUCGUUGAUAAUAAAAAAAUAAAAAAUAUAUGUGUGAAUCGUUGUAUUAAAAGUGAAAGGAAAGAAACAAUUAAUAUCAAUGAAGAAAUCAAACAAGAUCGGAAUAAAGUUAUUUCUAACAAACCAGAAUAUUCUAUGCAGUUGGAGUGCAGUGAUGGUGAUUCAUUCAACAAAGAUAGAAUCUUCUCAUCCAACAAAAAUAAUUGGGAUUAUCGUAUGCAAGGAUUUGCUGAAGAUUUAGAUUUCACACUUGACGUUUCACGAGCGGAAAGAUUGGGUCGUGUAAUUGCAAAAGCAAAACAAAAACGACAAUGGUGCAGAGCUCUAACCGCCUUCUUCGGACUAGUCUUCUUUAUUUUAAGUGUCGUCAUUGUUUCUUUAUCCGUAACGAAAGGACGUAAAGUAUUUGGAAAUCAUCUCAAACCAGUUACAUUGGGUAAUAAUAAGAAAAAAUAUAUUUGUUUGAAUUAAGAUUUGAUUCUAAAUUGACCUAAAAUGGUAUGUGUACCAUGUGUAGCUAUACCAAUAUUACUCAUUAUAUGGAGAUUUUUGAUACAGCCAUUAUUUCUAAAGUGGUGGCAGUUCAGAAACAAACAGAAAGAAUUAACAAACAAAAAACAACCUCCACAAUUGGUAAAGGAAUGUAAAAAUGGCACUUGUACACUAUCGUGGAUAAAAAAUCAAGAAAAUAAAAAAUUGGAUUAAAAAACAUUAAAAUGAAAUUUAAUUAUGGAUAUAGUUAUUUCAAAUACAAUUUAUUGCAAAAUAU